CCUACCCAUUGCAUUUGCCUGGAGCUACUGGGUCUGCAAAUGGGAGUGUUCCCCUUCUCUUCCCUUCGCUCACUCUCUGCUCCAAUCACUUGUAAUUUUGAAUUGCAACAAUGAUCUCUCGUGGUCGUAUUUUAAUCACCAAACUCCUGUUCCGCUGCAAUUCAUCAUCUUCUUCUUCUUGUUUCAUAUAUCCCCCCUUAAACCCUAAUCUCCAAUCCCAUCUCUUUCCCCCUGUCUCAACCCUAAACCAAAUGACUUCGCAUCUCUAUUAUACUAGAUCGUUCUCGUCAAGCUGUUGUUCUUCGACUGAACGAACCCUAGAUACACUACUGGGUCCUAAAUCCUUGAAGGCGAAUUUGGAUUUCAUCAGAAGAGCAUCAUAUGGUAGUAUAAGUCCCAGAUAUCUUUCAACAAUUCCUUCUACCCCUACCCCAAAAGCCGACAAUGAGGAAUCGGACACCAGUAGCCGUGAAUCCCACCCGGGUCAAAACCCUGAUUUAAAGCACCAAGAAAUCGAGGGACCGACCGUGGAACGUGAUUUAUCGGCCUUGGCUAACGAGACGCGAGAGGUUCUUGAAGCGAUGAUGAAGAACAUAUAUGGACUGAGCAAAGCGGUAGCUCUUCUGGGUCUGCUCCACCUUGGUCUUGGAGCUUGGAUAUCCUAUGCUCAUGGUCCCGGGGCACAUCCGUUGAACGCGUUUACCAUCCAAAGUGUGAUGGCAUUUGGGUUCCCUUUUACGCUGGCGUUUAUGUUGCGGCAAUCGGUGAAGCCUAUGUACUUCUUCAAGAUGAUGGAGGAGCGAGGUAGGCUGCAGAUUCUGACCCUUACUCUACAGGUUGCUAAGAGCUUGAAUGUCUUGUUUGUUCGGUUCCGUGUUGUGUCUUUCUUGUGCAUCGCCGGGGCAUCAAUCGGGCUGAUGUUCAAUGUGUUGUCUAAGUGAGCUUCUCAAAGUUAUCAGAUUUGGGUUCCCUGUUUCUGUUUCUAUUAAAUGGGUUAUGAAUUGCCUAGGAAUAGGAUGAUUGCUUUGUUGCUUAGCAACAGAACAUACAUCAGACGAAAAUAUCUCCCGUUACAUUUGCUAAAUUGCUAAUAAUAAUGAUGUUAUCAUAUGUUUGAAUAACUAGAAGGCUUUGAAUUCCUUUUUGCA